AGAAAGAAGGCCAUCAGGAGCACGUGCCGGGACAGGAUCGACGGAGCUCGCAGCCACGCAAAACGAACAGUCUAGUUCGUUUUGGAGACGAUGGCGGAAACCGCUGUCAAAGAUUCGGACCCAGACGCGUCUUUAGGGAGCGCGAGCGACGAGGAGCAGCAAGCGGGGCGCGAUGAUCUCGUGGGCGGAAACGAAGGAUGGGCUAACGUGUUCGCGAAAGUUCUCACGCAAAAUCCCAAACUCAAGAAGAAGAAGAAGACGGUGGUCCUCUCGAAAGCGCGGAAAGAUGCCGAAAUCGAACGUCGGAAAGAGUUGGCGGCGUCCGGCAAAGACAGACCGAAGAAACGGAUCGCGCGCGAACCCAUGAAAAUUGUUGACGGGGAAGGGAAGGUUGUUGACGAAGAAGAGGUGUCCGAGGGGGAUGAAGAUGACAACUCUGAAAGCGACGAAGCAGCCUCCGAGAAGAAAUCCGUUCUGGACAAAAUACGGCGGAAGAAAGAGCGUUUGACUUAUGGGUUGGUGGAAGCUCAACCUGGAGAUCCGUAUGAGAAGAAUCUACUGAGAACCGCCACAAAGGGAGUGGUGCAGCUAUUCAAUGCUGUCAACAAGCACCAAGAGCAACAGAGAGCAAAGCAGAAAGCAGAUUCUUCAGACGACGAAGACCAUCGCUAUAAGAAGGGGCGAUUCAUGGAUACAUUGUAUAAAAUCCAAGAGAAGAAAAAAGGCAAAGAUGAGUCUAAGUGGGAAGCGCUGAAAGACGACUUCAUGAUGAAUUCAAAAAUGCGGGACUGGGAUAAGCAAGCUGGAAGCGAUGAUGAUUGAUUCUCUUGUAAAUAUAAUGUUUGUGUUCCGUUAAGCAACUGGUGAAAUAAAGCGACCGAUCUCUUCCAA